ACUUCUCCAACCUCCCUCAGCACUUUUCCAACAUUCCACAUCAUCUAUCCAAUCUACCUCAGCACUUGUCCAGGGUUUCUCGGCAGUGUUACGUCGCUGUUCAGAAUCGUCUGAUCAGCAUCAGACCUCAAAAUGAUGUCUAAACCUCAGCAACAGCUGGAGAGUCGGGACCUGGAGCUGGGCCACCUGGUCCGCCAGUCCCCUCUCCAUGUCUCCCGUACCCCAUCCCCUUCAUCACCCGGCUCCGUUCUGGAUUUGCCCAAUGUGCCCGUUUAUCCCCGUCUUCCCCCUAUCAGUCCAUCACGUCAGCUCUCGGGCCUCUUCAACCCUACCUUUAAUGCCGAGGAUGAACUCAAAUCCACUAGACCUUCAGCUAGCUCCAGACUGAGCAUUCACCCCGCUGUAAAUGUAGAAGACAUGGACUCAGACAGUGAGCAGCACGGGAAAACUUCCCACCACAUGCCCCAGAUCAUCACCCCCCAAGACCCAAACCUCAAAACCCUCACUGUGCCUGGGCCAUCCAAAUCAACCCGAACCAGGGACAGAAAGCCACAGACUAUUUGGACGAAAAUAAAGAAGCUGUAUUCUUCAGGAGAUGAUGAAGACGACGAGCUGGAGACGGCAUUCAGAGCCUGGCCGAGUCAAAGCAGCAUCACGAGUGGCGAUGACGUCCUGAAGGAGCGUCCUACGUCAGCAGCCAGCCAGGCCAGUACCAUGGUGAACGAGCGUCUGCAAGAGCUGGUCAAACUGUUCAAAGAAAGGACGGAACGUGCCAAGGAGAAACUGAUUGAUCCUGAUGACUUGGAUGAGGACACACCUGCCACUCCUGGAGCUCCUCCUCCUCCUGAGCCUAUGAAGGAACCGGAGCCUGCUGAGGAAAGUCCAUCUGCCCCUCCUAAAGAAGAAGUUGAACAGGAAGUGUAUACCAAACUGCUGUGCUUCAAGGUGAAGCCUCAGUCCAGGAUCGGGCGUGUGAUUCAAUACCGUUUCCCAGCCAGCAUCGACCCGUUCACCAACCUUGGAUACGUCCUGUGGCUCUUUUUUGUCACUUUGGCCUGGAACUGGAACGUGUGGAUGAUCCCGGUGCGAUGGGCUUUUCUUUACGACGUUAAAGGAUCCCUUUACCUAUGGCUGAUCGCCGACUACCUGUGCGAUGCCAUCUACAUUCUGGACAUCCUGCUCUUCCAACCGCGCCUGCAGUUCAUCUGCGGAGGCGAUAUUAUCAGUGACAAGAAGGAAAUGAGAGCCAAUUAUAUGAAAGAUCUGAGAUUUAAGCUGGACGUGAUCAGUCUUCUUCCACUGGAGCUCUUCUAUCUUCUAGAUGGGGUCAAACCUCUUCUUCGCUGCCCACGGAUACUGAAGAUCUUGUCUUUCUUUGAGUUCAACACACGUCUGGAGGCCAUUUUGACCAAAGCCUAUGUCUACAGAGUCAUUCGCACCACCAGCUACCUGCUUUACUCCCUGCAUGUUAACGCCUGCCUUUAUUACUGGAUGUCGACCUUACGAGGCCUUGGGGCUACGCCCUGGGUGUACAAUGGAGAGGGCAAUGCAUACAUCCGGUGUUUCUACUUUGCUGUGAAGACUCUAAUCACUAUCGGUGGAUUGCCAGAACCAACCGCACUCGAAGAGUAUAUUUUUCAGCUCAUCAACUACUUUAUCGGUGUAUUCGCCUUCUCCAUCAUGAUUGGACAGAUGCGAGAUGUAGUGGGCGCUGCAACAGCUGAUCAGACUCAAUACCGCUCGUGUAUGGACAACACUGUGAAGUACAUGGGUUCUAAUCGCAUCCCUAAAGACGUGCAGAACCGGGUAAAGACCUGGUACAACUACACAUGGCAGUCUCAGGGCAUGCUGGAUGAAGAUGAGUUGCUUAUGCAGUUGCCAGACAAGAUGAGGCUUGAUAUAGCAGUUGAUGUGAAUUACUCAAUUGUUAGUAAAGUGCCUCUGUUUGAGGGCUGUGACAGGCAGAUGAUUUACGACAUGCUGAAAAGACUCAGAUCAGUUGUGUAUCUUCCCGGAGACUACGUAUGCAAAAAGGAUGAAGUAGGCAGAGAGAUGUACAUCAUAAAGUCAGGAGCGGUUCAGGUAGUCGGCGGUCCAGAUGGCAAAACAAUAUUCGUGACUCUGAAAGCGGGAUCUGUGUUUGGCGAAAUCAGCUUGUUAGCGGUGGGAGGAGGAAACCGGCGAACCGCCAACGUCAUAUCACACGGUUUUGCUAAUCUCUUCAUCUUGGACAAGAAGGGCCUCAACGAAAUCCUUGUGCAUUACCCCGAGUCCCAGAAACUGCUACGCAGGAAAGCAAAGAAGAUGCUGGCGGAUAAAAAUCCGGAGAAGAAGAAAGAGGAGGAGAAGGAGCCAGUGCAGGUGAUCCCUAAGCGGAAGGAAACCCCUAAACUGUUAAAAGCAGCACUGGAAAUGACUGAGAAAGAGAAAUCAGGCCUGCGAGGCACACUGGCUAAGAUGAAGGGAAAAAAGAAUAACAAGUCCUGUGUUUCAUUGCAGCCAUCCGUGUGUUCCUCAGUGCUACCAGGCUCCCCGAUGGAGAGGCAGCACUCGGAGCAAGAAGCUGACAUUCUGUCUCAGAUCUCAGACAGCGUUAUACAAGGACUUCCCAUCAGCCCCUCCGGCCUUGAAGAUGAGACAUGCUCUGUGCAGGAGGGACCAACAGGAAACGAGAGGACGAUAGUGGGGAAGGACAGGACGGCCGAGUAAUCGGGAAGUGUAUCAGGUGAUGAGGUAACAAGGCUAUGGAGGGCCAAAUGGGUCAUUUUUUAUCUUCAUUUUUCUUUCUGGAUGGAUUAAAAUUUUACUUAUUCAGGUCUCAGAUUUGAAGUAUGAAUAAGAUCUGGAUUGAUUUGUUCUAAGAAAGGGCUCGAAAUACCAAUGAACUGGACUGGUUUUAUUCCUAUUUCGGAAUUUUCUGCCACGUAAAUCCCAAAACAUAUAUACUUUUUGUGUGUGUUUUUUUAUGUAUAUACGGAGAAGUGCACCUUCAGCAGUUUGUGCAUUUUAGCAACUAAAUAGGACAAAAAGUAAUCAAUAGUAGCAGCGAUUCUAGAGAUGUUUGUCACAUGUACAAGAAACGGUUACACCAUCCACUGAAAUUCUUACCCUGUGACUCCUCCAAGUAGCCCAUGAUAUUAACUAAGGACAUAAAGAAAACUAAAUACAUAAAUCAUGAAUGUCCCUGGUGUGUGUGUAAAGUGUGUGUGUAAAGAUCUGAGGUAGAAUGGGUCCAAAGGGGUGUGUGUGUGUGUGUGUGUGUGUGUGUGUGUGUGUGUGUGUGUGUGUGUGUGUGCGCGCACAAAAUACACACAGGAAGUCCCCAGUCAGUCUUGAUAUCCAGUAUAUUAAUAUAUUAGUAUCUAAUCCUGUCAUUUCCUCCUGUCAAAGUUAUAUUUGUUGCAUUUGUAUAUAUUUUUUGUGUGGUGCAGUUGUUCCACAGGAUGCUGCUGCUUUAUAUCUGUAAUACUUUCAAAUUUCUGUGACAGGUAAUUUUUAAGGGAGACACAAACACACACACACACACACACACACACACACACACACACACACACACACACACGUGGGAUAUUUAUAUUAGGCAAAAAGCCUAAUAUAUACUAUAUCUAUAACUAUAUAUAUAUGAACAUUUUGUCCUCAAAGUUGAUGUUUGAGGAUUCGAGCGAGUUUGACAAAUUUUGAAGUCUAGACGUCUGGGUCAUAGUGUCUCCAAAACUGCAGCUCUUGUCGGCUGUUCCUGGUCUGCAGUGGUCAGAAUCUAUCAAAAGUGCUCCAAGGAAGGAACAGUGUUGAACUGGACGAGUCUCAUUAAUGCACGUGAGGAGCGAAGGCUGGUCCGUGUGGUCCGAUCCAACAGACGAGCUCCUGUAUCUCAAACUGCUGAAGAAGUUCAUGCUGUUAGUACAUCAUUCCAUUUUAAUCUAAUUUGCUAUAUUUAUUCAUUUGUAUAGUCCAGACUUUAGGUUUAAACUCUGUAAAAUGCCCGGCCCCAAUCACUGUCACGCUUAUUGCCAAUUGCUUUUACUAUCAUUUGUGUUGGAGUUACAUUUACAACUUUGUGUUUUCAUGAUAGUGUGAUGCAGCACAAUGCUUUUUAGUGUGCUCACUUAUUUACCUUCUUAUAUAAUCAUCCAUUUACUACACUGAAGUUUCCACAUGCCUGGUUAGUAGUAUACUGGCUAAUAUUUAUUUAUAAGACUUUUUUCCUGAUGAUCGUCCAUAGCUGGACAAAGGCCUGAUGCAGAGUGCACUUGGAAAACGUUUUCACGUCCAAUUAGCUCAUUGAAGAGGAACGCUGAACACUAAGUGAGGUGUGAACCUCGAGCAGAGUUUUCUUCUUUAUAACAUCCAGAUGUUGAGGGAAAAAAGGGCUGGGAGUCACCGAUGCAUUCGUUUGACAGAUUUUAGAUAUUUGGAAGGGUUUUUUAUAAGAAGGAUCUGAUGGUGGAAAUUACUUUCUAAGGAAAUUUUCCAAACUAUUGCCUUCAGUUUCAUAGCGACAUUGGAAUACAUUUUGGUGCAUUUUCUAAUGAAAUUUAUUUACUCAGGUGUUUCAUUUUGUUUGCAUGCGAGAAGGUCAAACUUGGGUUUUUUUUGUUAAAUUAUUAUAUUAUUUAUAAUGAAUGAAUGAAUUUUAUAUUAUCAAAUGAUCUUUUGAAUAUAGGCACAUUUUAAUAAUAUUUUUAUAUUUUUAAUA